AGAAGUAUCGAGCAGACAUGCCAGGCUCCAGCAGUGCCUUUGUUCCGACCAUCACUGCCAUCACCAGCAGCCAGGACCUGCAGUGGAUGGUGCAGCCCACUGUCAUCACCUCCAUGUCCAGCCCGUACACCAGGUCUCACCCGUACCACCUCUCGGGCGGCACCAUCCCCUCGCCCUCCUCCACCACCCUACACCGGCCCGGAGUCAUCAAAACCAUCGGCGAGACCGGGGGGCGACGGAAGAGAGACGAGCAGAUUUUCCAGGGCCAUCUGCCCCUGCCGUUGCACUUUCACUUCCCGGCGGGGCACCAUGGUCUGAAUUGCGGAGCUCCCACCACUGACCACCAUCACUGCAGCCCCGGGAGCGACCAGGAGCAGUCGUGCUACUGCAGGCUCACCCCAGAGGAAGAGGAGAAGAGAAGGAUACGGAGAGAGAGAAACAAAUUGGCCGCCGCUAAAUGCCGGAACAGACGACGAGAGCUCACGGAAAAGCUUCAAGGAGAGACGGAGAAACUUGAGGAGGAGAAGUCGACGUUGCAGAAGGAGAUAGCCGUGUUGCAGAAGGAGAAGGAGAAGCUGGAGUUCAUGCUGGUGGCCCACAAGCCCAUCUGCAAGAUGGGGCCGUGCGCGGGCCGUGAGCGGGGGCGACGGCAGGGGGCGUCCUCGCCGGACCCGCGGGCGGUGGUGGUGAAGCAGGAGCCGCCGGUGGUGGCGGGACGGGAGGACAGAGCCAAGCCCGCCAGGCCCCAGCGCUCCGUCAUCAAGCCCGUGACGGAGAUCAGCAUCGCCAGCGCCUUCUACUCCGAGGCCGAGCCGCUCAACACCCCGCUGGUGGUGGCCUCCACCCCCGCGCCCAGCAUCACCCCCUGCCCGCCCAGCCUGGUCUUCACCUACCCCAACGUGCCCGGCCUGGAGCAGGAGUCCUCCUCCGAGUCGUGCUCCAAAGCCCAUCGCAGGAGCAGCAGCAGCGGCGACCAGUCCUCAGACUCUCUCAACUCACCCACCUUGCUGGCACUCUGAGACACUCCCUCCCUCUGGACAUGGACCACCCUCGGACCUUCUGGGUGGACACUGGACCUCCCU